UACAUUGCUUUGUACCUCUAUUGCUCAAAUAGCAUGGUCCGACAUCCCAAAUAUUACAGUGCCUUGUACUGUUCUUAUCUCUAGGUUCUUCCUUCUCUCUCUAAAGGUACCCAUUUUUGCCAACUUGGAGCCACUUUUUUUUUUCAUUUCCCUCCCUUGAUCGUCCAACUUUCAACCUUAAAUGCUCCCAAAUUCUCUCAUGCACUGAUACUCACAGACAGGCCUCAAGUCGCCGAUCAUCGAAUAGUUUAUUCUUGUUUAUCUGUGAAAUUUUUAUUUUGUGCUCGCCUCGAUCUGAGAGGUGGUGAAGGUUUUGAUGAAGAAUUAUUUGGGAAAUUCACACCGGAGUAUUGAUGGGUGAUCAUCGAUAUGCCUCAACUGCGUAGAGGGCGCCGGCCCACUCAACAAGCCGACCCGAAUAAGAAAACCCCGGUUAAAAGGAGGAACACCAGGCGAAUUGCAGGGAGACGAACCUCAGUGAAAAAGGAUAAUAAGAGUAAUACGGAUAAGGAAUUUGUGGUGCUGGAUUAUGAUGGUGGAGAUAGUGGGAAUAAAAAUGUUGCUGCUGCUGGUACUUCUUUGAGAAAUACGACGUCGUUGAAGGGUGAGGAUAAUAGGAAAGCCGAGGAAGUGAAGGAAGAGGUGGGCGUAAAGAAGAUGGAUGAUUGUGAAAGUGGUGGUGACAAGGGCAGCACUGCUCCCCUUCCCGAACGGGUCCAGGUUGGUGGUUCUCCAGCUUAUCGAAUUGAGAGGAAACUGGGGAAAGGAGGAUUUGGACAAGUGUACGUUGGUCGCCGAAUAAAUCCCCCAAAUCUGAAUGAAAGAACGGGGCCAGGAGCUGUGGAGGUAGCCUUAAAAUUUGAGCAUCAGAGCAGCAAAGGCUGUAAUUAUGGACCCCCUUAUGAGUGGCAAGUCUACAGUGCACUAGGUGGCAGUCAUGGCAUUCCACGCGUACAUUACAAAGGACGGAAAAGUUCUUAUUACAUUAUGGUUAUGGAUAUGCUUGGUCCUAGUUUGUGGGAUGUCUGGAACAAUAAUCCACACGCUAUGUCCAUCGAAAUGUUGGCAUGUAUUGCUAUUGAAGCAAUUUCCAUCCUAGAGAAAUUGCACUCUAGAGGAUACGUACAUGGGGAUGUGAAGCCUGAGAACUUUUUGCUUGGUCUGCCGGGAACACCUGAAGAGAAAAAACUUUUUCUUGUUGAUCUUGGAUUAGCCACCCGUUGGCGAGAUAGUUCAACUGGCCUGCAUGUUGACUAUGAUCAACGGCCAGACAUAUUUAGGGGAACCGUACGUUAUGCCAGUGUGCAUGCUCAUCUUGGAAGGACUGGGAGCCGUAGGGAUGAUUUGGAAUCUCUCGCCUAUACAAUGAUUUUUCUUCUGCGUGGUCGACUCCCUUGGCAAGGGUUUCAGGGUGACAAUAAAGGUUUCCUUGUCUGCAAAAAGAAGAUGGCAACUUCUCCAGAAUCUCUAUGUUGCUUCUGCCCUGCUCCUUUCAGACAGUUUGUUGAUUAUGUUGUGAACUUAAAGUUUGACGAGGAGCCUAAUUAUGCGAAGUACAUUUCCCUUUUUGAUGGGAUAAUUGGUCCAAAUCUGACCAUCAGGCCAAUCAACACUGAGGGUGCUCAGAAGCUUAUAUAUCAAGUUGGACAAAAGAGAGGAAGGCUCAUGAUGGACGAGGAUGAUGAUGAGCAACCAAAGAAAAAAGUCCGCAUCGGAAUGCCUGCAACACAGUGGAUUAGUGUGUAUAAUUCUCGCCACCCUAUGAAGCAGAGAUAUCACUAUAAUGUGGUAGAUUCAAGGCUUGCUCAGCAUAUUGGGCGAGGAAACGAAGAUGGACUAUUAAUCAGCAGCGUGGCAUCUGCUUCGAACUUGUGGGCCCUAAUUAUGGAUGCAGGGACAGGCUUUAGUGCUCAAGUUUAUGAACUCUCACCACAAUUUCUUCACAAGGAAUGGAUUAUGGAACAGUGGGAGAAAAAUUAUUAUAUCAGUGCAAUAGCAGGGACUAAUAAUGGAAGCUCAUUAGUAGUUAUGUCGAAAGGUACUUCGUAUCUACAGCAGUCCUAUAAAGUCAGUGAUUCGUUUCCAUUUAAGUGGAUCAACAAAAAAUGGAGGGAGGGGUUCUUUGUCACUGCCAUGGCAACUGCAGGAACUAGGUGGGCAGUUGUUAUGUCCCGUGGGGCUGGUUUCUCGGAUCAGGUUGUCGAGUUGGACUUUCUUUAUCCCAGUGAAGGUGUUCAUAAAAGGUGGGACGCUGGUUAUCGCAUCACAUCAACUGCAGCAACUUGGGAUCAAGCUGCUCUUGUUCUUAGUGUUCCAAGAAGAAAGCCUGCAGAUGAAACACAGGAGACACUUCGGACUUCUGCUUUUCCAAGCACACAUGUUAAGGAAAAGUGGUCAAAAAAUCUCUACAUCGCAUCGGUAUGUUAUGGGCGAACUGUUUCUUGAUGCAUCCCCAAUUUUUUCGUGUACAAGAUUACACCUCUUUGUACGAGCUGCAACUGACUUGCACAUUUUUUCGCGAUUGAAGAGUUGUUCUCAUGUUUUCAACUGCCAAGCCAAACAGGUCGUGCCAUUCGAUAUUGACCUGUGCUUGUGUUGUACCAUCGAAGUAUAAUAUUAUUAUUUGCAACGCCCGGUCACUAUACUGCACUUGUUAUGAAAUGAUUUGAGCAGCUUCAAAUCUUUCGCUUGUAGUUAGCUUAUUGCUUGAAGUUUGUACAGUUUUGAACCGUAAUUACUUGAUUGGAGGCAAAGCAUACAGAUUUUAUAUCUGGAUUCCGAUGGUAUUUUGAUACGUGCACCCCUAUUUAUGUGUAAUCUAUUUUGAAAA